UCAUUCUCUUUGGAUUGUGCCCUCCGUACGGUUAGGAAGCUCGCGGCUUUUGUACCCCUUCGACAGUCGACCAGUGUGUGUGUGUAAAGCUAGCAAAAAAAAAAUCUAAAAAUGUCGGGCAAGAAAACUGCUGAUCCAUACGGAUUCGCCAAGGAUUUUUUGGCCGGCGGUAUCUCUGCUGCUGUCUCCAAAACAGCCGUAGCCCCGAUCGAACGUGUUAAGCUUUUGCUCCAGGUGCAAGCUGCUUCGAAACAGAUUGCCGUCGAUCAGCAGUACAAAGGAAUCGUCGACUGCUUCGUUCGUAUCCCGAAGGAACAAGGCGCGCUAGCUUUCUGGAGAGGUAACCUUGCCAAUGUGAUCCGGUAUUUCCCAACACAGGCACUGAACUUUGCCUUCAAGGAUGUCUACAAACAGAUUUUCUUGGGUGGUGUCGAUAAGAACACUCAAUUCUGGAGGUACUUCCUUGGAAAUCUCGGAUCGGGUGGUGCCGCUGGUGCCACUUCGCUGUGCUUUGUCUACCCACUCGACUUUGCCCGUACCCGUCUAGGUGCGGACGUUGGUCGCGGUGCUGGUCAGCGCGAGUACAACGGUCUGUUGGAUUGCCUGAAGAAGACAGUCAAAUCUGACGGCAUUGUUGGUCUAUACCGUGGCUUCAACGUUUCGGUACAAGGUAUCAUUAUCUAUCGUGCUGCCUACUUCGGCUGCUUCGAUACCGCCAAGGGAAUGUUGCCAGAUCCGAAAAACACCUCUAUCUUCGUCUCAUGGGCCAUCGCUCAGGUUGUCACGACGGCUUCCGGUAUCAUCUCGUAUCCAUUCGAUACCGUCAGAAGACGCAUGAUGAUGCAGUCCGGCCGUGCCAAGUCCGAAAUCAUGUACAAGAAUACAUUGGAUUGCUGGGUCAAGAUCGGAAAGCAGGAAGGUUCCGGAGCUUUCUUCAAGGGAGCUUUCUCCAACAUCCUUCGUGGUACUGGUGGCGCGCUGGUGCUCGUGUUCUACGAUGAGCUCAAGGCUUUGAUGGGUUAGGUUUAAGGCUAGCGAAAACACACACACAGCUAACUAACUUCUAAAUCAAUUUAAGUGAAAAAAGCAGUAAAAACCGUAA